GGUAGCGGGGGGGAGGAGGGACUACGUGCGCGGGGGCGGGGCGGGCGGUGCUGCGUGCUCGGCCCCGCGAGGCGCGUCUCCCUCGCGAGCUCGGUGAAAGGAUUUGGCGCCAGGCGGGUCCGCUCUGCAGCUGCCGCAGCCGCACGCACCAGCCGCGCCACCCGCCCACCGCCGCCCGACGGGGCCUCCUCGACCCACAGCCGCCGCCCGCGCCAGCCCCGGAGCCGCCCGCCAGCCCGCCCGCCCAGGGACCGAGCCGCCGCCGCCAUGAGCUGCUCGCCCGUGAACGUGAAAAAGCUGAAGGUGUCGGAGCUGAAGGAGGAGCUGAAAAAGCGGCGCCUCUCCGACAAGGGCCUCAAGGCCGAGCUCAUGGAGCGGCUCCAGGCCGCGCUAGACCAGGAGGAGGCCGGCGGGGGAGGCCCCGCCAGCAGCGCAGUUGAGCCUGGCAACGGCAGCAUGGAGGGGGAGGCGGCCGAGAGCGGCGGGGGCGCCUCGCAGCUCCACCAAGGGGGAGGCCCCGACCAGGCCGCGGCCUCCACCGCGGAGGACGACGACGAGGAAGGGCUGGAGGCCGCCGAUGGCGACGCCAUGGAGCUCGGCGAGGAGAACGGCGAGCGGGCGGGGGCCGGGGGCGGCCCCAUGGAAGAGGAGGCGGGCGGCGAGGAGGAGGAAGAGGAGGAGGAGGAGGAUGAGAACGGAGACGACCAGGGUUUCCAAGAAGGGGAGGACGAGCUCGCCGACGAGGAGGAGGCCGCGGCCGGCGACGCCAACGGGCACGGGGAGCAGCAGCCGCCGCAGCCCCAGCAGCAGCAGCCCCCGCCGCUUCUCCAGCCGCGCGGCGGCGCCAAGGAAGCCCCCGGCAAAAGCGCUGGCGGCGCCUCGGGGCCCCCGGCGGCGGCCCCCUCCGGCCCGGCGGGCCCCGCCAAGCAGCAGCAGCAGCAGCAGAAGAAAGCGGAAGGCGGCGGCGGCCGCCCCGGGGCUCAGGCCGCCGGGGGAGAUGCUAAAACAGAACAAAAGCCCGGUGAGAAAAAGAGGGGUGUGAAGAGACCACGUGAAGACCAUGGCCGUGGAUAUUUUGAAUACAUUGAGGAGAAUAAGUACAGCAGGGCCAAGUCCCCUCAACCACCUGUUGAAGAAGAAGAUGAACAUUUUGAUGACACAGUGGUUUGUCUUGAUACUUAUAACUGUGACCUGCAUUUUAAAAUCUCAAGAGACCGGUUUAGUGCUUCCUCUCUGACCAUGGAAAGCUUUGCUUUCCUUUGGGCUGGAGGGAGAGCCUCCUAUGGUGUUUCUAAAGGCAAAGUCUGCUUUGAGAUGAAGGUUACAGAAAAGAUUCCUGUUAAACACCUGUAUACAAAAGACAUUGACAUACAUGAAGUGCGAGUUGGCUGGUCACUGAACACAAGUGGAAUGUUGCUUGGUGAAGAAGAAUUUUCUUAUGGGUAUUCUCUAAAAGGAAUAAAGACAUGCAAUUGCGAGACUGAAGACUUUGGUGAGAAGUUUGAUGAAAAUGAUGUGAUUGGAUGUUUUGCUAAUUUCGAUGGUGAUGAAGUGGAACUCUCAUAUUCAAAGAACGGACAAGAGCUUGGUGUUGCAUUCAAAAUAAGUAAGGAAGUUCUUGAUGGGCGGCCGCUCUUCCCACACGUUCUCUGCCAUAACUGUGCAGUUGAGUUCAACUUUGGUCAGAAGGAGGAACCUUACUUUCCUGUACCUGAAGAGUAUACCUUCAUCCAGAAGGUCCCUCUGGAGGAUAGGGUCCGAGGACCAAAGGGACCUGAGCAAAAGAAAGAUUGUGAGGUGGUGAUGAUGAUCGGCUUGCCUGGAGCUGGCAAGACUACAUGGGUUACCAAACAUGCAGCAGCAAAUCCUGGGAAAUACAACAUUCUUGGGACAAAUACUAUUAUGGACAAAAUGAUGGUCGCAGGUUUUAAGCGGCAGAUGGCAGACACUGGGAAGCUUAACACACUGUUGCAGAGAGCUCCACAGUGUCUUGGAAAGUUCAUUGAGAUUGCAGCUCGUAAGAAGCGGAAUUUCAUUUUGGAUCAGACAAAUGUGUCUGCAGCUGCGCAGAGGAGAAAAAUGUGCCUGUUUGCAGGCUUCCAGCGCAAAGCAGUUGUUGUUUGCCCAAAAGAUGAAGACUACAAGCAAAGAACACAAAAGAAGGCAGAGGUGGAGGGAAAAGAUCUUCCAGAGCAUGCAGUUCUCAAAAUGAAAGGGAACUUCACACUGCCAGAGGUAGCAGAGUGUUUCGAUGAAAUAAUCUAUGUAGAGUUGCAAAAAGAAGAAGCGCAGAAGCUUUUGGAGCAGUAUAAAGAAGAAAGUAAGAAAUCUCUUCCACCGGAAAAGAAACAGAACACUGGCUCAAAGAAGAACAAGAAGAGCAAUAAAAAUCAAUUUAAUAGGGGUCAGAGAGGUCGUGGAGGAUUCAACAUGCGGGGCAACUUCAGGGGAGGAGUCCCUGGCAAUCGUGGUGGAUACAACAGGAGGGGAGGCAACAUGCCUCAGCGAGGUGGUGGAGGUGGCGGAGGUGGUGGUGGCAGCAGCGGUGCAAUUGGCUACCCAUAUCCUCGUGGCCCUGUCUUUCCAAGCAGAGGUGGCUACUCAAACAGAGGAAACUAUAACAGAGGUGGAAUGCCCAACAGGGGAAACUACAACCAGAACUUCAGAGGAAGGGGAAAUAAUCGUGGCUACAAAAACCAAUCUCAGGGCUACAACCAGUGGCAGCAGGGUCAAUUCUGGGGUCAGAAGCCAUGGAGUCAGCAUUAUCACCAAGGAUAUUAUUGAAUACCCAAAUAAAUGAACUGAUACAUAUUUCUCCAAAACCUUCACAAGAAGUCGACUGUUUUCUUUAGUAGGCUAACUUUUUAAACAUUCCACAAGAGGAAGUGCCUGCGGGUUCCUUUUUUAGAAGCUUUGUGGGUUGAUUUUUUUCUUUUCUUUUUUUGUACAUUUUUAAUUGCAGUUUUAAAGUGAUUCGUAAGAGAACCUCAGCAUUGUGCACGAUAAGAGAAUGUGUCAGUAUUUCAGGGUUCUACAUUUUAUCUGUAAAAUGUGACUUUUUUUUUACCACAACAAAAGUAAAACGUUGCUUUGUACCUGGUGUCUUUUUAUUAAAGAAUUUUCUCCUUUUUCCCCAUCCCCCAAUUUCUAAGAAACAGUCGUGAGUCGUGUCACAAUAUGAUAGAAAUGUUAGCAACCAGAUUGGUCCGGAGGCUCCUUAGUAGCCCUCGUGAAUACCAUGAGAUCAUGUAAAGCUCCGUAUUACACUCCAUCCUCUCUAUGAAGCUUCUGGGUGGGGAGGGGACGAGGGAGAGGUGAAAGUUUCUGGCAAUAACUAGGACUCUUUUUGUACCAUUUGGAACUCAAUAAGAUGUUGGGGGCAAAGAGGAGACCUGGGGCUAAAUAGUGAAGGUGGAGUGUAUGUAGAAGCUCUUUAAGUUGUAAAACUUGGUUGCAUUAUUUGUGGAGGCUCAAACUUGUGAAGGUACAACACCAUAAUUUCUUUUCCAUUUGUUCUGCAUUUUGAUUCUGAAAAGAAGCUGGCUUUGCCCAUUUCUUAUUAAACAAAACUUGUUGUAAAUCCAGUUGUCUAAUGGGAUCUAUAUGAAGUUAGCUGUGUGUCUGUAUAACUUUUUCCCCACAAAAUACUGUAUACCUAGUGUGCUUGUAGUAGUUACUCCACCAUUUUGUAAGCUAAUGAAACUGUGAGUCACCCAUUUUAUAUCUUAAUUUUUAAUCAUGUCAAUUCUCAAAUGGGUGUAUCUCCUUAGCCUGCUGAUUCCUUUUCUCUUUAAAGAAAGUGGGUGGAGAAAUUUAACUCUAGACGUUUGUUUGCAAUAAAAUAAAUUCAUUUUACUCUUGUUUUGGGAUUGUCGCCAUCAAGGUCUAAAAUCCCUUUAAGGCUAUAAAGAGGAAGAGAAUGUACGAAAGCGAUGAUGUUGGACAGUUUUUAAACUCAUUACUGUGUACAUGCUGAAAUACUUGUGUUUCUUUAACAAUCUAAACCGGUGGUUGCUCUGUUGGAGAUAUAUCACGUGUAUAAUCUCACAGUUUAACAUGGUUAUAUGUAUAGGGCAAAAGUCUUUUGAGUUGCGCUUGCAUCAUGUAAAUCCACUUAACCUAUUUAUUGUAAAAUAGACAUUAGGGAAGGAGCAGGGGAAGAAACUGGACAGGGAGUAGGACAGGAGGAGGGUUGUCAUGGAGAAGGAAUCCUGGAGUUCAACAGAGAGCUUGGAUUUGUUUUAGCCGCAAUUUUGUUCAGAUUUACGCUUUUGUAAAAUUGUAGUGGCAAUGUUAGCUAAUGAUUUCCUUGCGUUUUAAUGCCGUAGGACAGGGGAGAGACGUAACCAUCCUGAGUCGGACUCACGGUGCACAUGUGGAAACACAUGUCACUUCCCAGCAGCAGCCUAGACCUAGAGCUGGUGUAGUGUGCUUGAAACUUUCCUCAAAUGUUAGUCGAUUUCUAAUAGUCUUCAGCAGUAAAGAUAAAGUUGUGUUGCUCUUCUAGCCUUUAUAGCAGAUGACGUUGCAUAUUGACAUUAAACAUUAACAGCACCA